AGAAAGUGGAGGUGCCGCCAUUUUGCGGGAAGAAGAGCGGCUCCGGCUGCUGUACUGGUUUUACUGCUUAAGAUUGUAAGAAGUUGCCGAGCUUCGCGUGCGCAACGCACCCAACGGAACGGAGAGAACCGGGACCCCUUGCGGGGACCCGGAACUGAUCUGACAAGAUGGCAUCUGAUGACUUUGAUAUAGUGAUUGAGGCCAUGCUGGAAGCUCCUUAUAAAAAAGAGGAGGAUGAACAGCAAAGGAAAGAGGUUAAAAAAGACAGUCCUAGCAAUACCACCAGCAGCACCGGCAACAGUGGCAGUGGUACCAGUGGGAGCACCACCACUGGGGAGACCAGCAAGAAGAAGAGGCAUGAGAGCCAUAGCAGAAGCAAGGAUGGAAAGUGCAGUCAUAGUCGAGACAGGGAUCGGCAUAGAUGGAGAAACAGUCGGAGCCGAAGUCACGAUCGGCAGCGGCGUCACCGCAGCCGUAGUUGGGAUCGACGACACAGUAGUGAGUCACGAAGUCAAGACCGGCGUCGUGAGAAUCGUGUGCACUAUAGGAGUCCUCCACUUCUCACUGGGUAUAGGUAUGGACGCAGUAAGAGUCCUCAGGUCAGAGAGAAGAGCCCAGUCAGGGAGCCAGUUGAUAAUCUGAGCCCCGAGGAGCGUGAUGCUCGCACAGUUUUCUGCAUGCAGUUAGCUGCCCGCAUCAGGCCUCGAGACCUGGAGGACUUUUUUUCUGCCAUUGGCAAGGUUCGUGAUGUGCGUAUCAUCUCAGAUCGGAAUUCACGGCGUUCUAAAGGCAUUGCCUACGUAGAAUUCUGUGAAAUGCAGUCUGUGCCACUAGCCAUUGGGCUGACUGGGCAACGACUGCUAGGAGUGCCAAUCAUUGUACAGGCCUCACAGGCUGAGAAAAACCGACUGGCAGCCAUGGCCAACAACCUGCAAAAGGGUAGUGGUGGACCGAUGCGCCUGUAUGUGGGCUCCCUGCACUUCAAUAUCACUGAGGACAUGCUCCGGGGCAUCUUUGAGCCCUUUGGCAAAAUUGAUAACAUUGUCCUGAUGAAGGACUCAGAUACAGGCCGCUCUAAAGGUUAUGGUUUCAUUAUGUUCUCUGAUUCCGAGUGUGCCCGGCGGGCCCUGGAACAGUUAAAUGGCUUUGAACUUGCUGGUCGACCCAUGAGAGUUGGCCAUGUGACUGAGCGGCUGGAUGGUGGCACAGACAUCACUUUUCCUGAUGGGGACCAGGAACUGGAUCUGGCAUCAGCAGGUGGACGUUUGCAGCUCAUGGCCAAACUGGCAGAAGGCUCUGGAAUCCAGCUGCCAACCACAGCUGCUGCCAUGCAGGCUGCGGCUGUGCAGACUGCUGCCUUGCACCUAAAUGGAGCAGUUCCCUUGGGCACCUUGAAUCCGGCAGCUCUAACUGCUCUGAGUCCAGCCCUGAAUCUUGCUUCCCAGGCAAUCGCUUCCCAGUGCUUCCAGCUCUCCAGCCUCUUUACCCCUCAGACCAUGUAAAUCAGUGGCAUAGCACACUACCUCCCUGUGCUGCUGGGUUCUGUGAAUUCCUUCUCCACAUGUACUCCACUGCCCAGUUUUCCACUUUGUGGACAAGCCAUCCUGAAGACAUGGACAUUAAUUCUGGAGGAACUGGGGUCACUCAUAGACACCAAGAAGAGUUCUCAUCUAUGUUCUACUGGGAGUGGACUCUGCUGAGCAAAGACCCCAGCUGAAGAGAAUGGAAUCUACAUCUACAAUGAAUCUAUACCUAUGUUUAUCCUGGGUAUUGUCUCCAAGAUGACCAUCUUGCCCUUUCCCACCACCUCUUAUCCAUUCCUUGAUUUUUUUUUCCCAUUGGGAAGGCUGCAGGGCAUUAAACUAAUGGAACUAACCUCUCUCCUUUUCCUGUACCUUUACCCUAUAACCUGUCAAGGGAAACUUGUAGGACCUGUGCAUCUAGGGACUUAAAGUAUAAGGCGUGCACCUUUAAGGUGCUGGCAUUUUCUACAGGGCGCUAGAAGACACGAUGGACAUGUGCACUGUGAAGCCCAUCUUGGGUCUCAGCUUGGUAAAGCUUGAGGCCACAGCUACUACUAGAGGCUCAGCAUCUUAUUGGGAGGCGUGGGAGUGGUCUAACCUGCCAGGUAGUUGGGAUGCCUUAGUGGCUCUCAAGAGUUUAGGAAAGGUGGGGCAUCUAUCCAAUAUCGUCCAUCUUUCUUUUUAUACUUAUCCUUCUUCCCAGGUCCUCCCUU